AUGGGUAGCUUCGAUCAAAGCAAAGCAUAUGCCGCACAGGAGCAGGAGGGUACCUUCUUUGACGAUGGACGCGAAAUUGAGCUCCUGCACUUCAUCUACUCACACCCCAACAUUGAGAAGAUCAGGAGCUCACCUGAAAACGUUCUAGCAGCCAUUGAUGAGUAUGGAAGAACGAAGAAGUAUCUCAUGAACGUGGGAGAGGACAAGGGCCGCAUUGUCACAGACUUGAUUGCAGAAGUCAAGCCAAAGACUAUGGUAGAACUGGGUGGCUACGUCGGCUACUCAUGCAUCCUCUUCGCAAAUGCCGUACGCAAAGCAGGUGGCGAGCGAUACUUCAGUUUCGAGCGCGACCCUGCGUUCGCUGCAGUUAUUAUGUCCUUGGUCGACCUUGCAGGUCUUACCGACCUUGUCAAAGUCGUAGUGGGAUCAAGCGACGAAGGCAUCGCGCGGCUUGUUAGCUCAGGUCAGUUAAAACAUGUGGAUCUCAUGUUCCUGGAUCAUUACAAGCCUGCCUACACCACCGACCUGAAGCUCUGCGAGGAGCUCGGUCUUAUCACAAAGGGCUCAGCACUAGCAGCCGACAAUGUCAUCAAGCCUGGAAACCCGCCCUAUCUCAAAUAUGUAAGGUCCAGUGUUGAGGAGAAGGUCAAGGAGGCUGGAGAGGGCGGGCUGACCAACCUCAAUGGCAUCGCGGAAAAGAAUGUCACGAUGUACGAGAAGAAGUAUGGGAAGGCCAAGUUCAGCGAGAGUAAGGGAAAUCCAAAUCUCAAAUACGAGAGCACGCUGGUAAACAGUUAUGAGCCCACUGGCGAACCUGACGGUAUCGAAAUCACACGAUGCGUUGGCUGA